AUCAAUUUAUAAUUUAUUUAGAAGGUCGACAGAAUAAAAUACUAUACCAAGUUGCAAGGUAUUGUGCAAAAUUUAUUCUACAAUUGUAUGUUUUUUUGUAAAUGGCAUUCAGUCGUGCAUGGUACCAUUUCAAACGUAAUUUUAUAUCUGUAACAUUUCCUAUUCUCUCAAUUUCUUCAAUCUACGCUGAUUACAAUCGAACAUUAAAUUGGAAAAAAAUACAAAAUCAAAAAGUUUAAAAAAUAGCUUACAAUGGCAGCCAAGCAUGCAUUAUUUGGAUUAACCUGGGAAUAUUUUGUAUUGGCUAUCCCACUUACAACUGGUGCCUUAUUUGGAAAAUUCUUAGAUGACAAAGAAACAGAAAGGAUGACACUAUUUAGAGAUAAAAGUGCUUUAUAUGGAGGAAUGGUGAAGAAAGGUGAAAAACCUUCUUGGCCAUAAAUGUGUUAAACUUAGAUGGUACUAAUAGUUUGAAUUAACUUUAAUAUUGUUUUAAAUGUAAUAAUAAAUUAAACCAUGUAAACAAUUCUUUUUUUUUUUAGAUAUUAUAGCUUUAUAAAAUAAACCGUGAACUAAUUAUACAAGUAUGAUAGUUAUGAUAACAAAAUUCAUAACACACUUUUGUUAAUGUAUUUCCAAAAUGUGAUCAAGAACUUUGUUUAUGUCACUUAUUAAUAAAGAAAAAUAUAUACCUACCAACAAU